UCACCAUCGUCACCGGUUACCUCAACUCUCGCUCGUUGUGUGGAAAAGAGAAAAGAAAAAUUCGGGAGGCAGGCAUUCAUUGCAAGAGUGGAUUUGGCUAGCUACGAUCUCUCUCCCCAAUUCUCCCCUUCCCUCUUUCUCCCCUCUCCAUUCCUUGCCCUCAGCUUUGCCUCUUUUUGGCACUAAGUUGUUGAAUUCGAACCCCAGAUCGGGACAUAGCUUAUCGGAUUUUUAAUUCGACUAUCUGACACAUCUUGUAUAUCGUCCAGGUCUCGUGAGCGCCGCGACGCAAAGCAGACAUACAUUCCUUUGGUUUCGCCGCCAGUAUUCCAUUCGUCAAGGGAUCCCUCGAGCUCGUGCACUUAAACCCACAUUCCAUACCCACGUCAAGACCUGCAGAACCUUCCGACAUUAUUCGAUCGCUUUCUUCAGACAUUGAGUUUCGCCGCUUGGACUGACAAAGACUGUCGCGCGACAAAGCAUAAUCGGGCCGCAGAACCGAGGGACCAGCACCUUCAGACAUCGUGUCCAAAGAAGCGCUCUUCAAACACUCCUUCUCGGGGGCCCGAGAAGAGAGUCAUACAGACCGUGGUGUGAAGUAAUCAACUGGUAUAAGCCUGGCUGAGACUUGACCCGUCGACAUGGCGUCCAAUUUUAAGGCGAAGAUGGCCCGUUUCAUUCCUAUGAUCGGUUACCAUCACGUGCUUAUGAUAAUCAUUGCAGUUACCAUUAUUCUUCUCUCCCUUUUACUGGCCGGAUGCUCGUCGUCCUCUCCACAGAUGCCCAGCAUAUUCUUGAUCUCUCUCUAUUACCAACGCUACGACCCCAUCUUUAAUCUUGCACAGGUGGACCCUGGCGUAGUGCAAGCAACAGCGAACAUCGUUGGAGGAGCGGAGAUGGAAGUGCGUGUGGGGUAUUUCGGAAUCUGCGUGUCGCCGUCAGGAGGCGCCUACAUCUGCAACUCGAAUGCGACGGCCCUGGCUGAGGUCGUCACGGUUGACCAAGAUCCGCUGAACCUGAUUUGGGUAGCAUCGACGUUUAAGGAUGCUGUGGUCUUCCCAUAUCUCCUAAUUGUUGCCGUUAUCCUCGCAUUUUUCUGCUUCAUCCUGCUGGCUACUUUCCCUGGAUGGCACGAAGAAAUUGACUCGACCGGCUCCGAGCGUGAGGUGAAGCCGUUCCCUUCCCGGCCCGUAUCCCAGGCCGCGCUGGCUCUAAUUUUCGUGGCAUCCGUUUUUGUGUUGGUCUCGGUACUAUGGCAGCACACAGCAUCCGUCGCUGCGAGCACCAUUGCCCAAGACAUGGGCAAUGGCAGCGUCAAGAGUGGAGUAGGCAGCUCUGCAAUGGUGCUCGGAUGGUUUGGAUUUGGCCUGAUGGUGGUGACGACGAUAGGCUUGCUGGUGAUGAUACUCAGCAUCAAGCUGAUACGGCAGUUGACGGAUGAAGAAUAAUCUACAUGAUCUGGGAGGGACACACUCGGUUUCAGCUUUUGUUUCUUUCUGCCUUUUAGUUUCCUUUGUUUUCGACCUUCUACAUGACGCACUUUCCGACGGCACGAACGACACACGAUUAAUACGAUACUGAAUUCUGAACUCACGACGAUAAUGAACAAAAUCAAUCAACACCCCUAUCACACCUUCGACCUACCUGUACAUUCGCCCUGUUUGCACUUUGUCCGUUGAUGGUUUACGUCAUGUAUAAAAGACGAUUUUUCUUUUUUUAUUGAAUUGGGAUGGAUGGGACAAGGAAUUGGAACUUUUUUACAUGGAAUACCACGCUUGGAUUUGUCAAUGAGUAUCUCACUGAUUUGAACGCACUUUUGUUUCUCGAUCAUAAUACCACAGCUCGCAUAUAGAUUGGCUGCAGCUACCAACAUGAA